AUGAACUAAAAUCAUAUUGCAAUUCAUAACUAACAUGAUAUUGAUAAAAUACCUAAUCGUAAUAGAGUUAGAUCUGUUUUCUCUGAUGUAUCUAAUCUAAAAUUCUCUUGUAUCAAUUUUUAAGGAAAACAAAAUUAUCAAAAUAUAAAAGAAUAAUAAAAAUCCUAAAAAACUAAAAGAAGAAAUGCAAUAAUUCCCUGUUUGACUAAAUUUCCUGAUAUAUAUAUUAGUUAUCCAGAAAUCAAGACAAAUACUUAUAAAAUACUUAAAUAUUCUAUACUAGAGAAACCUAUACUAUCUUAUCAUGAAGCCUAUUAUUUAGAAAUACGAUAAUUUGAAAGAGAAAUUGAAUAAAAAGUAAAUAUGUUUUUAUUACCUUAAGAAAUAUGAUAGUAAUUUUGAUAUAAAUUAACAUUGUUUUACAGAAUAAUAAUUUGAAAAAGCUCUAGAUUGGAUGAUUUAUUAAAUUUUUAGAUUUGAAAGUUUUAGUUAUGAAUCAUUAUUUAAAACAAUAGAACUAAUAUAUUUAUAUUUAAGUAAGACAUAGUAGGUGAAAUUUAAGGAUUUAGAAUUAAUUUCUGGUUGUUGUAUUUACUUAUCAUCAAAAUUAGUUGAUUUAAAUCCAAUUUAUAUUGAUGAUUUAAUUAAUGAAGUAAACUUGUAGUUAAUUUUAGGUUUUGGAAUGUAGAUUUGAUUAUUAAUAAGUAUUGAAAUAAGAGUAGUUAAUAUGUUAAACACUUAAUUAUAAUUUGCUUUGCACUUGUUCUUUAUAAAUAGUUUAUCGAAUUUUGUAAGAGAUUAGAUAAGAUUUGGAGUAAUUUUAUGAUCCUGGGAAAAUUGAGAAUUUAAAGAGAUAAAUAUUGGAUAAUUUAUUAUUGAUGGAAUUUGGAAAUAAAUUUAGAUAUAUUUCAUAAUGUAAUAGGGCUGUUAGUUGUAUAUUAUUGACAAUGAUGGAAAAUAAAAUUGAUAGACGAGUUGUAAAUAUUUGA